AUGUUCUCCAAAAUUGCGCUUCUCACACUCUCUGUGGCGUCGGUGGCCGUUGCGACGACGAUAACAGAAGUAGCAUGCCCAACGCCAAACGUCAUCGUGGAUGCCCUUGGUCCAGACGCCGCAACUUCCUAUUGCUCGUCGUUCCUUUCUAUCCAGACUCAAACAGAAACCGACUCUAUCGAUGCCACAAUCACUAAUACAGUCACUGAGACGGCAUAUGCCGAUACCACAACCAUCACGGUCGACACCGUAACGAGCACGGAUACCGAGACGAGCACAGCCACAACGUGCACAUCGUCUGCGGCCCAGUCCGUAUACAAGCGCGGAGCUGCGAAGACAGUCAUUGUGACAGCUUACACCACCAUCUGCCCUUGCACGGAAACUUCCUCAAAGAAGCCAUGCACCGAAUCUACUCUCAGCGGACACUACUCCGCAUACGGUCAUUCUUCCGUCGGUUACGCGGCCGUUGUGUCCUCUUCAACUUCCACCAAGUCUUCUUUCACCUCUUCCGCGUCUGCUUAUGCCUAUGAAGUCUCCUCCACUAUCUCGACCAGGACGCCAUGCACUACCGGAUCCGCUGGGAAUGAGCAUUCGAGCUACCUCAGCUCCUCGGUCGCCUCGCUAUACGGAACGACCUCCUCCAGCUAUGUAAAUUCUGUCUCCAGCUACAGCAGCUCGGCGACCACAUCGGCUCCUUACUCCGUUCCCCACAAUAGCUCAAGCUCCUCCUCCGGAACAUCAAUUUACAGCUUUGGGACGUCUGUCUACACCUACAGCUCGGUCUAUAGCACGGGCGUGUCUUCAUCUGCCCCGGGGACUUCGACGACUGAGACUUCGACGACUGAGACUUCGACGACUGAGACUCCAUCUUCCACCACUGAAACUCCGUCUUCCACAACCGAGACUCCGUCUUCAACAUCUGAAACCCCAUCUUCGACAUCUGAAAGCUCAAGCACCUACGAGACGCCAUCCUCCACUACUGAAAGCUCGACUUCUUCCCAGACGCCUGCCUCUACUACUGACAGCUCUACCACCUCCGAGACUCCAUCGCCGACACCGACCCCUACUCCCACUGACAUAACGGCUGCGUGUGAAUGCCUGUCGCUUACCACACCCACGUCGACAGUCGUUUCAACAAAUUUAGUGACUGUCACGGAGACCGACACUGAGACCAUAACUCCAUCUGCAACCUUCACGCCCACCACGACAACUACAACCACGGUUACGAGCACGACAACCACUCAAUGCGCCGCUCCGUCUGUGUGCACGGCAACCCCAUACUACCUUGCAGACGCCUACGAUCCCUCUAGCAGUCUUAUCUGCGGUGAGACUCUACAAGGGCGAAUUCUCGGGGGCGCGUACUAUCUAGGCGAAUCGGGUGCUCCAUCUCUAGAUUACUGUAGAAAUCUGGCCCAGGAGUACGGAUUCAAGAGCUUUUUUAUCCAAGGCAAUAUCUGCACGUACUACAGCGCCGCUAUCUCAACGGUAAUCGCGGAUCAUCCUGCAACCGGUGCUUAUACCGCGGUCUAUUACGAUACGGCUUGCUUCAACCUGGUAGAUCCAUGUGCUGCGACUACGUCGACUGCUGCGGCUACGUCGACUGCUGCUGCACCUGCGUAUAGCGAUUAGGCUUGCGGUGUGUAAUGCCACGACGGAAGUUCGCGCACACAUGUUAGCCAUUGUCUGACGUUCUUCAACCCGUACUGUCAAAUCUGGAUCAAGCUGCUUUAGACGACCUGAAAGUCCACCAGGCCACCUGAAACGACGUCAUCUCUCACUAGACAGUGCGGACGUUAGCAUGUUUGCUUCAGAUUCUACGUAGUAGGUGAGGAUACCCCACGCAGCAGCCACAGAGUGUACGCAAAUAUAUGUCCUGGUACUGUGGGCUAUAAGGUAAAUUGGGAUGUGGGAUGAUGGCAUGUGGAGGUUUAAUUGGACCUAAGGAGGACGAAUCGGUAUACCAAUAAUCCUGUAAUCUAGCUCAAGAGCUCAUAAUUCCUUUUAAUAGACCUCUAUACCGAUUCCAAC